GCAAGUGACUAAAAAAUUUGAUUUGUUGUGUGCAUCUCAUGUUCAGGCAAUGGAUGAUCUAGCCCUCUUUGGUAUUCGACUUUAGCACUGUGUACGUAUAUUGUUUAGUAAUUUACUCAUUUUGUCACCGACACACAUAACCAGCAAGAUGCCGGCGGCCGGUAAGGGAGGUAAAAUGAUGAAUCUCAUCAAUUAUCGGAUGAGAAUUACACUACAGGAUAGUCGUGUAUUCAUUGGCACAUUUCUGGCCUUCGACAAGCAUAUGAAUUUGGUACUAGGCGAUUGUGAGGAAUUCCGGAGAAUAAAGCCUAAGAAUCAGAAGCAACCUGAACGUGAGGAGAAAAGGACGCUUGGAUUGGUGCUAUUGCGCGGUGAGCAGUUAGUGUCCAUGACUAUUGAAGCACCACCUGCUGAAAAGGAUAAGAGGCAGGCUGCUGCGUCUAGUUCUCAGCCUGGACCUGGCGUUGGACGUGCAGCCGGUCGUGGAGUUGGCAUUGCAGCACCAACAGCACUAGGAGCUCCCAGAAUGGCUGCACCAGCUGGUUUAGCUGGUCCGACAAGAGGACUCGGCGGUCAACCGAUUGCUGGUCCCCCAAGCGGCCCGCCUGCUCGUCCUCCGGCAGGUGCUCCACCACCAGGCAUGAUGAUGCCACCAAUGGGUAGAGGAAUGGCAGGACCGCCCCCAGGCGGCCCAGGUGGACCUCCAACUCGGCCUCCAGGCGGUCAUCCUGGUGGACCUCCACCUGGUAUGAUGAUGCCACCAAUGGGUCGUGGUGGUCCACCGCCAAGAGGUCCAAUGCCUCCAUUCUAACUGUGAGUAAUUUUGAAUUGGAAAGCACAGACGGAUCAGGAUCGGCAGCGCUGUUGUGACCCUGCUCUGCUUUGAACGAAGAUAUCCAGAACACUUUUUUAAGUUUUUUUAUACCUUUUGGUUGACUGUACUCCAUACAUGUUCAGUGUAUAAUGUUAUGUGAUCAUCAUAAUACAAGGAAUCUCAAGGUGUCAAUUGUCCACA